UAAUUAGGCUGCAAAUUUGAAAAUGACACACCAUGAAUACAGGAUUACAUAAGCCUCCAUCUUUCAUCCUUCACUUUGUUCCCAUCGCAUACACCAUCGAUCAGUUACCAUAACAAAAGCAUCAUCUGUCCAUCGCCAUUUCAAUUCUCCCUUUAUCUCUGUCGCACACCAUCUGUCUAUCGCCAUCCAUCCAUCGCCAUUUGUCCAUCGCCAUCUGUCUAUCACCGUCUGUCCAUCGCUAUCUGUUCAUCACCGGCUGUCUAUCGCUAUUUCAAUCUCCUCUUUAUCUUUGUCGCACAUUAUCUAUCGAAUAUCAUAAUAAACGUGCUAUUCAUCCAUCGUUAUUUAUCCAUCGCCAUCUAUUCAUCGCCAUCUAUCCGUCGCCAUUUGUCUAUCGCCAUCUGUCCAGUGCCAUCUGUCCAUCAUUGUCUGUCCAUCGCCAUCUCAAUCCCCCCUUUAUUUCUGUCGCAAACCAUCUAUCGAAUACCAUGAUAAAAGCGCCAUCUGUCGAUGGAGCCAACAAAAUUGCUUCUAUAAUGUGUUGUGUACAAGAAUUGUGUCUUAUAGCACCUGCUGUUUAGAAAAACCCCGAAACUAUCUGUGGUGGUGGUGGUUACGUUCUUUAGCACCUGUUGUUUAGAAAACCCCCGAAACUAUUUGUAUAGUGGUGGUGGCUACGUUCUUUAGCAUAUACUAUUGUGAACAGCUUUAACACAACUCACAGAUCAGCUUUCAUCGGUCAAUCCUACGUCCAUUGUAUUCCAAGAACUACGACUGGUUUAAAUCCGGCAUGGUUGCGAAAGACACAUUGGUUCCAAUCAAGGGACUUCAGCUACAAGAACCACCUCUCCUCCGCGAGAGAGUGUUUGUAAAAUGGAAGGAUUCAUCAUCAGACGAAACUUUCACGUUAGGCUCUUGCUCGCAUCAGAACAAGCAGAAUCUUAAUUUUCUUAUGACAGCAAGCUCUGAUUCAGACGGCCAUAUUCAUAUCUAUUUUUCCCUCAAAGUGUCUAUCAGGCAAUCUUGUACGCGUAAACAAAUGGAAAUGCUGUUUAUUGUUCCUCCGGACGCCAUCUUCACAGAUUCCUUUACACCUCUUCUGGCAUCAAGCAUUGAUGAUUUAUCUUUCCUCAACGCUUCUGCCCUUCACCAAGCUGGCAUAAGCAAAUCAGGACUUGUCAUGCGUGUAGAAUUCCAUCUGACUACGAGCGGUUUUGUCGUUAUGAAUAAGCGGAAGAAUUCUCCUGAGAGUAUUACGCCCAAAGAUGGUACCUCAAGCGAUUUGAUCAAAAGACUUGAAUCUCUAUCCAAAACGAAGAUCUUCAGUGUAUACAUCGGCCCAAGUACUUACGCGCAGGUGAAUUUGAAGAAAUUUCACGCGGAUUUAAUUACCGCCAAACGCAAAACCAACGUGAAGGAAAUGUACGUUCAACAAGGGGCUAUGUUGGUGGAAUGGAGCAUAUUUGGGCCUCCAAAUCGAUAUGAAACAUUGCUCCCACAGGACACAUUACCUCCGCCAUACACCAAAACCCCUGCACCAUUAUUAAAGGAAGUGCAGGUUCCUCAGUCGCCACCAGUCAUGCUCAACGAUGGAUCGCUAUCAAUUGAUACCAUCGAAGUGGUAAUUGCAGAGACACCGACUCAAACUCCAGUGAGCCCAAAUCCCACACCGGUAAUGCAUGGCAUCUUCUCGUCUAGUAUUGAAGAGCUGUUUGACAACGAAUUGGACUUGAACGAUUUUGAAGAGGACUCGAGAUGCAUUACACCAGACUUCGACGUGUGCUCGGAUGAAGAAUCUCUCGCUAAAUUAAAUUCUCGAGAACUAAGUCAGCCAUGUACAUCCACAUGCGACUUAGCAAUUUUGAAUGGGCUUCAGACAAAGUUGAUUGAGUGGUUGAAAGGAGCAAUGACGCAAAACCCAAAUAUAUACAAGCACAAAAGUUUAGCUGGAAAGCUAUCACUUCUUGGUUAUUAUAUCCGUACAUCUAAUGCUGAAGGAUUUAAUGUUACUAGACUCUGGUGUUCUGCGAUAUUCUUUUACGAUCCGCUUGGUUCAAUCGACACUCCCGAGACUCCCAAGUCAUAUCACUAGAGCAAUAAACAUCCCGUCUCACAGAUAUUCGACCUGAUUGAAUGGGCUAAUACGUUUCGCUAUGGCGCUGAGUUCAGUUCGCCGCUGGUGAAUGAUUUUGUGAAGCUAGGUAGCGCUGCUCGCUCCUUUAUCGCAUCUCGGACGCAGCAGAACGAAGAAAAUUUUGAUGAUCGGAAAAGUGUUUGCAUGGCUCGUAUAUUGACUGCAUUUGGCACAUCGGGUAUCGGUGAAAAGAAGCGCAAGGCUGUUUCCGGAAAAGAGCGUAAUGUCUUGGAAACUCCUAUCAAUGAGGUAUCUAAGCGAGCCAGAACAUUAAAUGAAAGAUGAUUUCAAUUAAAUUCAUAUGUUCAAUCUUCUCAAAGUUUCCGAUGUAUCCAGAUAUGAGUGACACUUUCUGGCACUUUGAAACAAAUAUGCUGGUGAGAGAGUAACACAGUAAUAUCACGACUGACUGAUCAAUUUUAACCAAUUGAAUUUUGAAGAUUCGGACCGCCACCUACAAUACAAGUGCAACUUUUGGGAGGUUAGAUGUUUCAUAGACUCUUGCGACUACAAACAGGUACAAAAUGGACCAUGCCGCUAUUAAGGAUCACUAUAGUUAUAUCUCUCAACCAAAUACGUAUUCUCUAUAAUUUAGGAAGGAUACCUUGUUAAAAUAUUAGGCUUGCUCAGGUUUGGUCGACAGAAUUUAUCGAAAUAGCC